GAUAGCCUCGAUAGCCUGGACGAUUGUCGUUGCGAAGCGCGCUGCUGCUGAUGACGGGCUCGAGCAAUAUGGCGAAGUGUGUCACGGGAGGCUCGGUGUAGACGCAGUAUCGUUCAAAAGAUGACAGGUUCGCGGUAUGGGUUGAAAAUAAUGUAGCGGGGAAUAAUGUGCGAAUCGUGCGAGAGUAGACGUAAUCAAGUGCAGGUGUAAUCGCGCCAAACGCGUUUUUCGCGAUCGUGUGAUAGCGCGAGUGCGCGCGUUACCGGUGUGCAAAAGUCAUGGCUACGGAUAAAAUAAAGGUUGCCGUACGGGUCCGGCCGUAUAAUCGCAGAGAGCUGGAACUCUGUACGCAAUGCGUCGUCGAGAUGACGGGGCAACAAACCAUCUUGCAACAUCCGUCUACAAUGGACAAGAUCGAUCGGAACAAGCCAAAGACUUUCGCUUUCGAUCACUGCUUUUAUUCUCUGGAUCCUGGAAUGGAUAAUUUUGCGAGUCAAGAGGUUGUUUUCGACGCCCUGGGUCGUGAUAUCUUGGACAAUGCGUUUCAGGGUUACAACGCCUGUAUAUUCGCCUACGGACAAACUGGCUCCGGAAAGUCUUACACGAUGAUGGGCAGUGGUGAUAACAAAGGGAUAAUACCACGGUUGUGUGACAAUCUCUUCGAUAUGAUAGCGAAACAGCAAAGUUCAGAGCUCACGUACAAGGUCGAGGUUUCGUACAUGGAGAUUUAUAAUGAAAAAGUGCACGAUCUUUUGGAUCCGAAACCAAAUAAGCAAUCACUCAAAGUCAGAGAGCACAAUGUCUUGGGGCCCUACGUGGAUGGGCUGAGCCAACUGGCUGUUACUUCUUUUCAGGACAUCGACAACCUCAUGGCGGAGGGCAACAAGUCGCGAACGGUCGCGGCAACAAAUAUGAAUUCCGAGAGCUCUCGUUCGCAUGCCGUAUUCUCGGUAAUUCUCACGCAGACUCUAACGGACUCGAAGAGCGGAGUCAGCGGAGAAAAAGUCUCGCGGAUGAGCUUGGUGGAUUUAGCUGGGAGCGAAAGGGCUGUGAAAACUGGAGCAGUAGGUGAUAGGCUUAAAGAAGGAAGCAAUAUUAACAAGUCUUUAACGACGUUGGGUCUAGUCAUUUCAAAGUUGGCGGAUCAAAAUUCCGGCAACAACAAGAAAAAGGAUAAUUUUGUGCCCUACAGAGAUUCUGUUCUUACGUGGCUCUUGAAGGAUAAUCUUGGUGGCAAUAGCAAAACUGUCAUGGUAGCCACAAUAUCACCAGCUGCUGAUAAUUACGAGGAAACGCUAUCGACUCUUCGGUAUGCCGAUAGAGCGAAGAGGAUAGUCAAUCAUGCUGUUGUUAAUGAGGAUCCGAAUGCUAGAAUUAUUCGCGAACUUAGACAAGAGGUGGAAACCUUGAAGGAAAUGUUGUUACAUGCCACAGGAUCGAUUGUUGGCCAACAACGCACAGACAUUACGGAAAAAUUGUCCGAAUCGGAACGACUGAUGAAGGAAAUGUCACAGACGUGGGAAGAGAAGCUAGUGAAAACCGAGAGACUACAACACGAGAGGCAGCAAGCUUUGGAAAAAAUGGGAAUAAGCGUACAAGCGUCUGGUAUUCAAGUAGAAAAGAGCAAAUACUACCUGGUUAAUUUGAACGAUGAUCCAAGCUUGAACGAGUUGUUGGUUUAUUACCUUAAGGAAAGGACUCUCGUAGGCGGUCGUUCAGCCAAAAGGGAACAGGAUAUUCAAUUACACGGUUUGGGUAUCCUACCGGAACACUGUGUUAUCACGAUAGAAGAAUCAGGCCUGUACAUGACACCAUUAAAUGGUGCUCGAUGUUUCGUCAACGGUACGCAAGUUGUAAACAAGACUCUGCUGCAGCAUGGCGAUAGAAUUGUUUGGGGAAAUCAUCAUUUCUUCAGAGUUAACUGUCCAAGAAGUGCUACAGCGAUCAAUAGCGAACCGCAGACUCCCGCUCAAAACAUAGAUUACAACUUUGCUCGAGAAGAGCUCAUGCUUAACGAACUUUCAAACGAUCCAAUUCAGAGAGCUAUAGCGAGACUAGAGAAGCAACACGAGGAAGAUAAGCAGGUUGCCCUCGAGAAGCAGAGGCUGGAAUAUGAACGACAGUUUCAACAAUUACGCAAUAUAUUAUCUCCCUCAACGCCGUAUUCGCCUUAUGUACCGUACGAUCCUUUAAGAGGUAGCCAGGGUGGAAAACUCCCGGCUUGCACACCAACAACGCAAAUGCGCGUUGAAAAGUGGGCACAGGAACGAGACGAGAUGUUCAAGCGGAGUUUGGGUCAAUUGAAGACAGACAUCUUAAAGGCUAAUGCAUUGGUACAAGAGGCUAAUGUCCUAGCUGAGGAGAUGGGUAAACAGACGAAAUUUAGUGUCACCCUGCAGAUUCCUCCGAAUAAUCUAAGUCCGAAUAGAAAGCGAGGCGCGUUUGUGAGUGAGCCCGCGAUUUUAGUGAAGAGGACGAAUAUGGGAAGUCAAGUUUGGUCCAUGGAAAAGCUAGAAAAUAAAUUAGUCGAUAUGCGAGAUAUGUACGAGGAAAGAAAAGAUCCUCAUAAUUGUCAACGAUUACCUAUGAUCAAGGUAUACACAUACUUUUAUAUAUCAAAUAUUUCCUUAACAGCAAGUACAAAAUUAUUUUUCUUACAGGAUGAAGUACCAGGGAAAACACAAGAUCCAUUUUACGAAUCCCAAGAAAAUCACAAUCUUAUCGGAGUUGCAAAUAUUUUCUUAGAAGUAUUAUUCCACGACGUACGAUUAGAUUAUCAUACUCCGAUUAUUAGUCAGCAAGGAGAAGUCGCUGGUCGACUGCAAGUCGAAAUAAGUCGUAUAUCCGGACAAUUUCCUCAAGAUCGAAUUUGCGAGGCCGCUUCGGAGUCUUCCGCGGACUCAACGUCCUCGGAAACGGAUGAUUACUCCGGAGGAUCUAGCCACAUUACCUGUCGCAUAACGAUAAAGCAAGCCACUGGAUUACCACUCUCGUUAAGUCAUUUUGUGUUUUGUCAAUACAUGUUUUGGAAUCACCCAGAACCGAUAGUGGUUCCGCCUGUGGUAAACGCGGAGCUGCCCAAUUCGAAUUGUAUCACUGGACAGAGGGAUUCCUUGGCAUUUAAGUUUGAUCAUACGAAAGAUUUUACCAUUCCUAUUACGGAGGAGUUUAUGGAACACGCAGCUGAAGGGGCAUUGAGUAUCGAAGUAUGGGGCCAUCGCAGCGCAGGUUUCUCACGGAGUAAACCUGGGUGGGAAGUGGAACAACAGCAAUUGGCGAAAGCUAGAUCGCUCGCUGAUCGAUGGUCUGAAUUAACGCGAAAAAUUGAAUUAUGGGUGGAGAUACAAGAACUGAACGAGCAGGGAGAAUACUCGCCUGUUGAAGCUGCAAUGAAGCAAGAUACAUGUACAGGUGGUAUUUAUCAACUUCGACAAGGUCAACAACGUCGAAUACAAGUUCGAGUGAAACCAGUACAAAAUUCCGGAACACUACCGAUCAUUUGCCAAUCGAUAUUAAACAUAGCCGUUGGGAGUGUAUCAGUACGAAACCGAUUGCAAAUUCCAUUAGAUAGUUAUCAAGAUGAGGACUUAAGUAUAUUGAGAGACAAGUGGAGCGAUGCUUUAAUGAGAAGACGACAAUACCUUGAUCAACAAAUUCAGAAACUCAUUAAUAAACAAGAUAAAACGGAACAAGAUAUGGAACGAGAGCAGAGUCUCGUAGAUCAAUGGGUCAGUCUAACGGAGGAACGGAAUGCCGUUCUAGUUCCUGCAGCGGGUUCAGGUAUUCCCGGUGCUCCUGCCGACUGGACUCCGCCCGCAGGGAUGGAACCACAUAUUCCUGUUUUAUUUCUUGAUCUCAAUGCCGAUGAUCUCUCAACGCAUCAGUCGGGAGAAGAAGUAUCAGUGACGGGAUUAAAUUCGAUCCUACCUAAGGAACACGGAAACAAAUUCUAUAAUCUGCCUAUUAUUCGACAUUUAGAGAAAGAUGUAUGUGCCAUUGCCGCUUGGGAUUCUAGUAUACACGAUAACGUACAUCUUAAUAGAGUGACCGACGCGAACGAAAGGGUGUUUCUAAUUUUGAAGACUACCGUUCGCCUAUCGCAUCCAGCACCAAUGGACCUCGUGCUGCGUAAAAGAUUAGCUUUAAACAUAUACAAGAGGCAGAGCAUUACAGAUAGAAUUUUCAAGAGAAUCGUUCGAACCGAUUGUUUAAUGCAAACCGGUGUCACUUACGAGGUAGUUUCGAACAUACCAAAAGCGAGUGAAGAGCUGGAAGAUCGUGAGAGCUUAGCGCAAAUCGCUGCUAGCGGGGAAGAUAAUAGUUUAUGCGAUGGAGAAACUUACAUAGAAAAAUAUACUCGCGGUGUAUCAGCUGUCGAAAGUAUAUUGACAUUGGACCGAUUACGACAAAGUGUUGCUAUAAAAGAAUUGUUACAAGCACAGGGACAACCACUGAUGCGCAAGACUGCGAGUGUUCCGAACUUUUCUCAGAUUAUGAGAUUCGAUAUGUCAAUGGAUUCGUUGAAUGCUGUUACUCGCUCGGAAAGUGUCACAGAUCUCAAUAUGGAAAAUGGUCUUCCGCAUCCGCGACGUGCAUCCAUAGGUCACGCAAGAAAUGACGAAAACUUUAUAUCUGCGCCACCGAAGCCAUUUGGAAUCGGCUCCAUUCUCAACUCAGCGAGACCAACUUUCCUGAAUCUGAACCUGAAUCUCAACUCAUUGACACGUCUUCAACAAUCUACCUCUGCCAAGUCGUCUCCAAACAUAGUCAGCAGUAAACUGGGUCCUCGUAUGACCACAUUACAUGAAGAAACAUCAAAUAUAGGGAACCAAGCGUCUACUCCUAUCAAUGACGAUGACGAGGAGAAAAGCGACGCUGAUUAUUCUGAAUACGAGGCAUAUCAGGCUCCACCAAAACCGGUAAAGCCGCUAACUUCCUCACGCACGUUGGAUUCUCUGGUCGAACUACAAUCGACGAAGAUCAAUACGCCAAGUAUGAGUAGUAGCGGUUAUGGUUCUCAAGCUGUUUCCACGACAAACCUAACAUCGGAGGAUUCCAUUUCUAUCAAGUCCAUCAGUGUGGAUGAAACUCCAGAUCUAGAAUAUCGUAAUCUUCUCGAUAGCAAGAAACCCGAGAAAAUGGAUAGCGCCCUCGUCGAGGAAACGCCCGAGGAAUACUUGUGCGAAGUUAACUCUACGUUGGAUAACUUGAACAUCUUACAAAGUUCUUGCACAGAAGAACAUACUAGAAAAAAUCUGGAAGAAAUGGGAAUGUAUGUGGAUACCGAUAUCGAGAGCCCAGUUUCUUCUACAAAAAGUGAAAACGAAACCAAUACCAACAUAUUUCAUGUCGAAACUCAAAGAAAAAGUACACAUGAUCAAAUUAUCAAUGAUAGAAAACAUGAGAUGGAAAUUAGUCAGACAUCCAAUUCAGGAGACGAUAGUCCCGUAGAGGGGACUUCGAUCGUACACACCAAACUGCCACCUGGCAAGGUCGUGCGAAGAAGAAAGACUUCUAACGGUACAGGAAGGCCUACCAGUUCGCAGCAUAGAGCUUCGUUUCCUAUGGUCCGUCCACAACUUUCUGAGAGUAAGGCUGCAGUACACUUGGAGCAAACGCUACAACCUAAUAUGUCGUAUGAAAAUGGCGACAAUAGCUCUUCGGAGAGAAUCGAUGCGGAUGACGUUAGCGAUAAAAGUUCAGCAUUUGGUUCAAGGCACGAUUUAACUCGAGUAGAAACUCCUCUACCAGACUGGAUCGUCGUUGGUGAAUCAGUUUUGGUUCGUCCUUAUAGCUAUUCUGGAGUUAUAGCAUACGUUGGUCCCACAGAGUUUGCAUCGGGCACCUGGAUAGGAGUUGAACUCGAUGCUCCGACUGGUAAAAACGAUGGUGCUGUUAAUGGCCAUAGGUAUUUUACAUGUCGAUCUAAAUGUGGUAUAUUCGUUAAAAUGGAUAAGCUAAUUCAAGACAGACGAGGAAGAGCGCUUAGAAGCUAUACCAAACAAGAAUCUACACCAGCACCAUCUACAUCAAUGCGCAGGAGUGUUAGCAAAGGCGAAGGAUUACAUUCCUUGCACCGAAGUCGCAGUCGAGGAGAAGGCCUCUCUACUACAGGUACACGUUCUUUUCCACGCGGCAAGUAAACGGAUCACACACUGCUUCACCAUUACGUUGUGUAAUAAAACAAAAAUGCCACGACAUAAAUAUCCUAAUUGCUACAUGCCUAUAUGAUAUAUGUAGCAGCAAUGUUUCAGUCCUUUAGACACUAGGGCAGUUAUUGAUUAUUGAAGUUACUACAAAGUAAUAUUUCGAAUAUUAAAUCAUUAAUGUGUACUACACACGAAGCAUGGGAUAUUUUUGACUUGUCAUGUCCUAUGAGCAGCGUGUCCACUUCACUACUUGACUAGGGAAUAGGGAAGUAGGAGAUAGGGGGGGGAGUAGCAUAAUUGACCAGUGCAUAAUUGUCGCCAUGUAUCGAAAGUCAACUGCGACGCUUAUUGACUUAGGAGCAUUCCACAAGUUUACUUUAACGACUGGUAUUACGAACCAUUUAUAUUUUAUGCCAGAAGAAGGCAAUAUACUCUGCGAUUUAAUUGUACAUUCUAAACUAAUCAAAAGUCAGCAGGACAUCUUUCCUUUCUUCUCGAUAUAUAUAUCAAUCUGAAAUACACGAUAACUACAAUUUGAUGUACAUAUUCCACGUUAAUGAUAUUUUGUAUUUAUGAAAUCGGUCCGUGUCGACACAAUAACGCGAUAAUAAUAUACCGAUUAAAUCUUGGCGUUUUUACAAAUCAUUGGACGAUACACUUUCCAAAAUUACCAUGUGGUAAUUUAUAGGCCGGAAAAGUGCCCAAUGAAAGGACAAACAUUGUCGAAAAACAUUUUGCAUACAUAUAUUUUACCGCGUUAUAUAGAUUAUUUAAAGAUUUUACACGUAUACAAUUGUUUCAUAUAUUGUAUUUUUUAGCGCGAUUCGUUAAGUUCCUUUGUAUUGUAAUAUACAUUUCUUGUCACCGUUAUCCCAUCACGUAAACAUGACACACCUUAAUUUAUAUACUGCAUUUUAACCGCAUAUUGCAUUUUUGGAGAUUGCAAACUGAUUCUUAAGUGUUUUGUUAAUUAAUUUAAGAGACAAAUUGCAAAUCCAAAGAUACAAGAUGUCAAACAGAGUUGCAAUAUCAAGUUUGUAGGCUUAAGUAGCAGAAAUUUAAAUAAACGAGCUUGUUUCAUUGUAUCAGUUGCAUAACGUUAUAUAUUCAUCCAAGUUUUUUGAUAAAUAUUUGGGUUACCCACGUCAUUUCGCUUUAUUCACGCACAGCAUGGACGAUAGUACAUUUAAUACACAUUUUAUAUCCUGUAACGUGAUUUGCUCUCGUUAAUGAAUUUUUUUUCCACUUUUCCACUAUUAAACUCAGCUCUUCUUAAAAAAUCAUUACAUACGUAAUCACGUCUCGCGUGAAAUCAAACGGCGAAAAUUACUACAUUUUCCUCUUAAUUCGUAACAACAAAUUGUGUCGUAAAGAAAUAUGAAAAAGACAAAAAGUAAGCAAUUAACAUUUAAGAUAACUCGUACAUUCGCCCAAAUUGUGAAAACAGCUCCUGUCCAAUUAGAACAAUACUUAUAUUACCAAUAAUGAGUAUAUUACUGUAUGUGUAAUAUUUAUGGAAUAUAAUAAUAAUAUAAUGUAAUAAUGUAAUAAUCGCUAUGGCGCAACGUUUCCUUAUCGUGGCAGACAAUCUCCCCAGUUUUAUGUACGUAAAUAACAAUUACCUCUGCGAGAAGGAAACCUUGCAACCAGCGACAUCUGUCCAUUUUUAGUAAUCGAGAUUGUUGAGGAAGAAACAAAUAUAUUAAGAGAGAGUCCACGUGUCACAGUGAUACUACAUGCCUGCCCGGCGUAACAUUAAUAAAUUCUUUAAUUUUUGAUCACUACGCGUUCUUUGGUUCUUAAUUAUGAAAUUAUAAUGCAAUCGACUCUUGCAUUCCUUUCGACGCAUUGAAACUCAUAUACCAUCCGUGAAGCAAGAUUUACUCUUGUUCUUUCUAUUUUACGGACGUGGACAAUGUGAUAGAGAAAAUCCGACUCAAAAUUCGCUAAAUUAUACACACAAUUUUCACUAUUACUGUACCUUAAUACGUUAUCGAGAUUAAUUCUUAAAUCAUAUUUCUUUCUGUCUUAUAAAUCCUUUAUAAGACAAUUAUGUCUAGAAUAAUGUCAUCUUUUUCUUUUCUGUUUUUCUUUUACAACCACACAAAUACACAGAGACACAACAGGAAAUAAAAUAUCAAUUAAAUUGAAACGGAAAAAAAUGGUAACGAAGAGAAGGCAUCGGCAAUAGUCUCGAACAAAGAUUUAUUUUUUUUUAAAUCACAGCCUUACAAGUGGUCAAUGUUUAAGUAUUUAUUAUCAUCUCUUACGUUGUCGGGAAAACUAAACGUUCGAGAAGCUGCAAUGGAGUAUUUAGCAUUGAGAGAGCUUACACAGCCUAUUCCAUCCCGCAAUAAGACAAUGUCCAUUUUUACCGUUACAAUUGUCUAAAGAUAAAAUCGUUCACGCUAUACUUUGUACCCUAAAUGAUUCUAGAAUAUAUUUUCGACCAAUCGGUUUUACGAAUGCCUCUAGAAGACUUCCGAGUUUAAUAUUAUCCGCGAUCGCGCCGCGAAUGACACGCGCUUACGCGGUCCAAGUUCCAAAGAGUCGUAAACGAGAGGGGAUCAAUGAUUUGAAACCGAGUCUCCUAACUAAUGGCUGUGAAACCAAUCGAUAUUUUGCUGUUCACGCUGCUCCCUCGUUUUUAUCCUCGUGUUCAAAUGUCAUGUGCGUCACGAGCAUCGAAUACGCUAUUAUACGCUCUCGUUCUCGUGGCUCCAUUGAAACGUAUUAUACGAGUAUUACGAAACUCACAAACUCACUACGUCUCUCGAACGGCUGCCGUUUAUUAAUUACGUAAACUGUUCGUCGACGCAAUCAUUGGAAGCAAACGCGCCUUUACGCGAAGGGUACAGCUCGAGAGCAGUUUGUUUUCUGUGACACCCGCGCCCAGAGAUACGUGAGCAAAAAGUAUGUAAAAGCACUGCGCGCGCGUGCUCGAACAAAUGCAGAGUGAAGAGAUCGCGUCGACAAGACGAUCGAGGAGGACCAUUCUUUUUAUUUUCUAUUUUAUUUCAUAAUAAAAGGGAUAAUAUCGUUGACUGUGCAUUUACAGCAAUAUGUAAUGUUUUUCAAAGCUUUCCGAGGCUUAGCUUCACAGUAACGUUUUUCUAAUCGAUAACGUUAAUCGCGCUUAAAUCAGCAUCAGCACUGGUUAUGUUUUUCUUUUCUUUCUCUCAUAAUAAUAUAAAAUUACAAGCGACACUUGAUUACUCCCAUCUUGGUUACUUGAAGUGAUAUUCAACAACCCUCGAUUCGCGAGUGUCUUGUCGCGAUAGAUCGUGUUUCUCAGCGCCCACGCUUCAUUAAUCGUCAAUUAAACGCGAAAGAAGAAAAUAAAAAAAAUAAAUAAAUAAAAAUGCGAGACUACGUAUAAUAUUGAAUUCGGAACUCUUCUAAACCAUGUCGCAGUCAGGCCGUUCGAACGGUCAUACUGAUGUAAAACCUACACGUGUAUAUGUAUGUACAACGUAAGCCUCGAGAUUGGUGGUUAUAUUUUAAUGUAAUGUAUAAAAAGAAAAAAAAAGACAAAAAGAAAAGGAGAAAAAUAACAGAGACAAAGUAUGCGUGCGAAGAAAAAGUGACAAAACAUUAUAUCGUAUUCGUCCUCGUGCGUUUAUCGACACAAUAAUGUAAGAAAAA